UUUUUUAUUCAACAUUGUUUUAUUUUGUUUUUUUUAUUUUAAAAUUUCUGCGAUAUGCGUAAAGGUCGGUUUAUACAUCAACGUUAGAAUUAUGUCAUUGCACUUUUAAUGGAAACAGUGUAUUAAUUUAAAAUACCAUAAUGAGUUCUAAGGAUAAGGACAGCAAAAGUUUUCAAGAAAAAGUAAAAGAAUAUUUUAAAAGAGAAAGAUCAAAAAAUACUCAAGUAUUUUCUACUGGAAGAGCUGAAUAUCAAAUACCUGACGAGAAGAUAAAAGAUUUGGGAAAAGACUCUCACAUAACUAGAAGGUUGAAUACACUUAGAGAUUUGCAAACAGGCAUUAGUGAACGUAAAUUAGAAACUGAGACUAUUGCAAAAAUAUGGUCAGCAAUAGAGGACUUAUUGACUACAGAUUACAGUGCAGAAAUAAGGCAUGUUGUAUUUGCAUUCUUGCAAAAGCUGAUCAAAGGUCAGAGCGACAAGCUGCAAUUAAUGCGCGCAAAGUUCUUUCAAUUUAUAAAAAACCACGAUAACCCAGAAGAUACUGGCCAAAGACUAGAUGUCCUCAAUUGUCUGACCUCCAAUGGCAAAGAGAUUGUGUAUUUUGAGGAGGAAGUGGGACCGUUCCUGUUGAAUUGGUUUCCCGACAUUAUGCGAGCUGGCAAAGUGCUCGAGUAUUUGAGCCUGAUCGACACCGUCAUUAGAUAUAACGCGGCUUAUCUGUCUGAUGAGAUCAACUCCGGAUUCAUCAAUCACAUAUGCCUGUUGUGCACGAGGGCCAAUCGCGACACCGUUAUGUCCUGUCUCAGAAUCAUGACGACGUUAGUGGCUUAUAGUAAUUUGUCCCGAGAAUCGUUACCGAAGUUCAUAGGAGCGUUGUGUCGGACAGUGAUCUGCGAGAGUUACGCACACGAAAGCUGGAAGACCAUGAAGAAUUUACUGGGUACUCAUAUGGGCCAUUAUGCAUUGUACACGAUGUGUAGAAUCUUGCAGGAGCCUAGUCUGCAAUGCGACGUUGACCUACUGAGGGGCGCCGUGUUUUACAUUCACAUGGCCCUUUGGGGCGAUCAGAAGUUAAUAAAUUUGCACUGCCCGCCCAGUUCAGUUUUGCCUUCAAUACUUCAGGCGGUUAAGUCUAAUCAACCGACCGUGGCGUACGAAUGUGUCCAGGGGAUUUACCGGCUCGUCAACCAGUUCGGCUACGAAUUGUUCGAUCCGUCGUGGUCGAUGAUUCUCGAAAUCCUUCUCUGCACGUGCAAACUAACCGCAACCGCACCCAGUCACGUCUCCCGUCUGUUAACAGAAGAAGUCCACACUACAAUCAACGUGAUCGAGUAUCUGAUUGAUACUGACAAGUACACCGGAUCAAUUAGGCAAUUUUACUGUUUGAUUGAAGAGUGUGCCGAACAAAGGCCCGAGUCGAGUGUCCUGAAAUUGAUAACUUAUAUGACAGACAGGAUUUGUCCACCUGAAGAUCACUGGUUGGAUAAUUUAGAUCUAAUGAUGGCACGCUACUUUCUUCCAAACGUGCGCACUAAAAUCCGACUCAAGGUUCUCGACUCACUCACAAAUAUCAUCCAGUUGUACUGUUCGGAGUACAAGGAGGAAGUAAUUGACAAGAUUAUUUUGCCUCAUAUGGCUCACAUCGCCGACGAUUCAGAUGUGAACGUCCGGACAUCUGUUGCUGAACUUAUGAUAGAACUGUGCAUGGAUUAUGAGUCCAACAAAUGUUUGGAAAUGCUCAAUAUUUUAGACAAAUUGUUGUUGCGGCCUUUUAAUUUGGAAGGUAUGAGUUCAGAAGUAGAUUUUACGGACACAGUUACGUUGGUCAAAGGACUAAUAAGAUUAUUCAUGAACAAAAUUUAUAAAUUACCAUCGACUAUCCCGAUUAAAAUCUACGACAUGCUUGUCGAAUUCUUGGUGAUGCACUACAGCAAACCUAAAAUCUUCGCCAAUUCUAAUCAGUGCAGAUAUAUGAUUUUCAAUUGUUUCUUAAAAAUGCGCGCAGACGAGCACUACCUUCUAGGAUGUCCUGAUACGAACGGCAAGUACCGUUUUAGCAAGUAUUUGCGAGUUUGGUACCCAAAUUACCUAUACGAGCCUCCGUCUGCUUCUCCCGCUCAUUCGCCCCCAGUUAUAAAUGACGAUUCCAAUUGCACAACCACCAACGUAUCCUUGAAACCCGCCUUUAAGACUUUCAUCACUUGCUUGAGGUACGAAAAGGACUGGAAGGUGCUCGGAUUAGUGUUGACCGAAAUGCCCAAAGCGUUGCAGAAUAAAAGUAUUAUACUCUCUAAACAGGGAAAUCCUGAUUUGUAUCUGUUAGUGGACGCAUUGUGUAACAUGAUCUCGGAUAAAACGAUGAAUUUGCCAGACUCGCUGACAGUGAAAGUGAAUAAGUCGGAUUUCCAGGCGGCCGUGCUGGCCGCCCUUGUAAGUUUAGCUUCAUAUCACUCGUGUCUCGAGCCCACGCACCAACAGAAAAUGAUUCGUUGCCUGAUGCGCUGCAUACAAACGGUGCCAAGAGGCUCGAAUCCCUGCAUUGCCGCACUUACGAUCUGCACGCUGGAGAUGCGUGAAGCUAUGGUCAAAAUGUUGCCCGAGGUUUUGCUAAACAUGUCGAAGAUUUCGGCGACUAUUUACAUUGCGAUACCCGUCUUAGAGUUUCUAUCCAUUUUGACACAGUUGCCGAUGGUAUUUGCUAAUUUCGUGGCGGACCAGUAUAUGGCAGUGUUUGCUAUUGCCCUUCCAUACACCAAUCCGUUUAAAUACAACCACUAUACGGUCUCACUGGCCCAUCACGUGAUCGCCGUCUGGUUCCUGAAGUGUCGACUUCCGUUCCGUAAGGAAUUCGUCAGGUUUAUUACGAAUGGUCUUCAGACGAAUGUUCUGGUGCCAUUCGAGGAGACGCAACCGCUGCUCAAGUCCGAGUUGAGCGCUCUGAACGAGGACAGCUCGGACCGGAAGCGGUCCGCGAGCCUGACGGAACAGGGCUCGAGACGCAGGACGCAGACGAUGCCGUCGAACAAAGGGGCGAGCGGUGCGACUGGCUCGACUGCCGCCUUCCAUCAUAGACCGACACCGAUCGAUCGUUCAGACAAGAUGCUCGUACAGUUCUAUGAGGAGUUGACUGAAACAUGCCUCGAUCUGAUGGCCCGGUACGCAUUCUCGCCCUGUAGCGCACUACCCAGAAGAUUACCCACGGCAGAGUUCCUGUUAAACGGCGGCCAAAGUAUGACGUGGCUCGUCGGCAACAAGCUUGUCACUGUUACAACAUCCGGCUGUUCACAAAAAGUUCUCAAACACGGUAUGUGUGAUAAGUGUUGGACGCUGUGCCGUGAGCACAGCAAACUAUGUGAGCAACGCAGCGGCGACAAUGGCCAAGAAUCAGGCUGGAUGGCACGGCAAAACUCCAACGAUAAAGGGGCGGCUUUGAACUCGCCGGUUGCGGACGAUUCCAAGAGGUUAAGUGACGGUGGGCGAAGUGAUGUGCUUACCAGUCAGUUGCAGCAAUUGGUUGGCAAUGAUGGCAUAGUAGAGAAGCCGAUUUGCGCCUGUUGGUGUCAAGGAUGGGCCGAGGUUUAUGUUAGGAGACCAACAGGUGACAUGUCGUGGGUGAUGCGAAUUCAGAAUCAGAUCUCUUUCCAACAAUCUAUGUAUGACUUUCCUUUGAACGAAAUGUCGACCGUAUUCAUGCCUUCCUUAAGUUUGGAUUCACCCUCGGCGUCAUUGCCACGUCAAGGCACAUCUGAGGAAGAGGAAGAACAACAACCGCAACCACGAGACAACAUUCCCGUCAGUAAUCCCAUCACUGUUCCAGACUCGCCUUCGAAACAAGCACCGUCUAGGCAGAAUUCCCGAGACAGCAUCGACGAGGACGAUGAAUACGUAUAUGACGACGGAACCAGGACUAGAAAUCCGGUUCGGAGAUCCAAUUCUAGUCCUGAAAUGUCAGCUAACUGGAAGAAUCCUUUCAUGCAACCAAGCGAUGAUAAUAAAGCGGGUGACGAGGAUACCGUUAAGAAAAAUAAGAUGUAUUCGAAAGACAUGAGGGUAAGUUGUGAAGCAAUACCCGAAGAAAUGGGAGGAACAGGUACCACACCACCUUCUAACGAGCCCUUACGUCCCCCACAACAAGCCACAACGCACCAUCCUUCUUUGUUAAGCAGCUACAGCUACCCCGGUUCGUCUCCACCAAAGGAACCGCUGGAACCUAAGCCAUAUCAAACUGUACCCCCAUCGCCCAACAUUAACACCAUCCAACCGGAUUUCCAGAGAAUGGCAAUCAAAACCUACAAAAGCACUUCUUCUGGUAGUUUAAGUUCGGAGAAAUCCGGCGAACGUCCUUCGAACUUGCCGAAUUUGGGAGGUUUGAAUUUGGCCCCGCUCAGCGGAAAACCGCCCCAAAGUCCAACGCAGACGUCCCCCCGUCCUGUGAGACAUCCCAUAAGAUGUGAGGAUCACGAAAUACAAAAAAGUGCUUCCUCGUCAGUACUGGAGAAGAAUUCAUUGGCGAAAGAUAGGAAAGGCGUCGGCACUAGUAUAACGGACCAGGCGAUAAAAAGGGAUCGUACCCACACGAUAUCGGUUAUGAGUCCGGCAAAUAGGAAACCAAGGACGGAACAAAUUAGACCCAACAUCACGCGCACCAAAGAACCACCGAAAAACGGCAUUAAUCCGAGUUUCGUGUUUCUGCAGCUCUAUCACUCCGCAUAUUUCGGCACUAAGACUUCGGAGCGCCCGUUGCUGGUUGGCACUGGGGAUAUGGUGCAAAGAGCCGUACGGAUUUUGGAUAGUAUUCAGCCCUACGAAACGCAUAAUAUUGGGGUGCUGUAUGUGAAGGAGGACCAAGUUAACAGCGAAGUGGAAAUUUUAAAAAAUAGGUUCGGAUCGCUGCGGUAUCUUCAGUUCUUAAAAAAUCUAGGCAGUUUGAUUAAACUUUCUGACGUUGACUCACAAGUGGUUUAUAUUGGUGGCUUGGAACAAAACGGAAACGACGGUCAGUUCGCCUAUAUAUGGCAGGACGACGUAAUCCGCGUAACCUUCCACGUAACAACGAUGAUGCCAAACAAAGAAACUGAUCCCAAUUGCAACAAUAAAAAGUUACACAUUGGCAACAAUUUCGUGACCAUCAUCUACAAUGAGAGCGGUGAAGAAUAUAACAUUAACACCAUCAAGAGCCAGUUCAAUUUCGCUGCUAUUAUAAUCCAACCGCUCGACCACAACACCAAUAAAGUUACGGUGAAGGUGAAAGACGAACUGAAGGAUUUGAUUUCCAUUAGCGAAACCAAGCUGGUGUCGGAUCAGAACGUUGCAAUUUUGGCUCGACAGCUGGCACUACACUGCAAUUUGGCUUCUAGGGUUGUGACAUCGCUCAAGCAACAGCACAACACUCCAUACGCAUCAAAUUGGUUAGAAAGACUGAGGAAGAUCAAGAACGUUCGUACUAAAGUACUCGUCGAUCCCACUGAACCGCCCAGUACUUCUGCUUCAAAAAAGCAGAUGGAGGAUUUUACUGAUUAUACAUAAUCUUGAUUUCGACUAUUAUUAUAUUAUAUUGUUAUGACGAUUUAAAUAAUCAUUAUAUUCUUAUUUAAUCAAUGAA